CGGCCCCCGGUCGAGCGCGCGCCGCCCGCCGAGCGGCCGGCGGCCCCUGCGGCCGAGAGGCCCGCGCCCAGCCGCGGCGCCUUUGUCCCGCCGCACCUGCGCAAUCGAGAUGGCGGCGGCGCCGGCGCCGGCGCCGGCCCCGCGGCCGCGGACGGUGACGCAAGGCCCCAGGAGGAGAGGCGCCCUGGCGGCUACAGGCCCCCGGCCGCCAGGCAGGGGGGCGGCUGGUGA